AUGCAUUCACCAGAGGACAGUUCUUCCUCUUCCACUCAGAAGACCUCAAAUUGGACCGACCACCAAACAUCCACUCCACAGCCAGGACUUAGCCCUGCUAGCCCAGUUCAAACACCUGUUUCAACCAACCCUGCUAGCCUGUCUCAAUCACUAAUUUCACCCCAGAAACAGAGUACAGCGGAGAAAGGAACCUCUGAUGCGUCACAGCCACAAGGUGUAAGGCGCAAGAGGGGGAGGCCACCCAAACACAAGAAACCUCAUGCUGUCCCAGAACAUCAGAUCCAGUCCACUUCAGAUUCAGACCCAUGUUCACAGCGAGAGGACCAAAUGAAUGCUUUCACAGUGACACAGCCCCUGUCAUCCAGCUCACCUGUGCCUGAGGACAGGUGUCAGCCACCUGAUGCCCAAACAGAGGUUGAGACGCAGCCCCUGUCAUCCAUCUCACCUGUGCCUGAGGACAGGUGUCAGCCACCUGAUGCCCAAACAGAGGUUGAGACGCAGCCCCUGUCAUCCAUCUCACCUGUGCCUGAGGACAGGUGUCAGCCACCUGAUGCCCAAACAGAGGUUGAGACGCAGCCCCUGUCACCCAGCUCACCUGUGCCUGAGGACAGGUGUCAGCCACCUGAUGCCCAAACAGAGGUUGAGACGCAGCCCCUGUCACCCAGCCCACCUGUGCCUGAGGACAGGUGUCAGCCACCUGAUGCCCAAACAGAGGUUGAGACGCAGCCCCUGUCACCCAGCCCACCUGUGGGCGUCUCUGAACUACCAUCCCCCACCAAGGACUUACAGAAGGUACAGCAUAAUGAAGGAACCCAUCUCUCUAGUCCAUCUGUAGAACAAGGAGAUACAACCAGCCCAAAUGUCCUAACUGCUGGAGAACACACAGACUCACUGACCAGCGAGCUAGGGGCUGAACCACUUGUUUCACCCCAGAAACAGAGUACAGCGGAGAAAGGAACCUCUGAUGCCUCACAGCCACACAGUGAACGGCGCAAGAGGGGGAGGCCACCCAAACACAAGAAACCUCAUGCUGUCCCAGAACAUCAGAUCCAGUCCACUUCAGAUUCAGACCCAUGUUCACAGCGAGAGGACCAAAUGAAUGCUUUCACAGUGACACAGCCCCUGUCAUCCAUCUCACCUGUGCCUGAGGACAGGUGUCAGCCACCUGAUGCCCAAACAGAGGUUGAGACGCAGCCCCUGUCACCCAGCUCACCUGUGCCUGAGGACAGGUGUCAGCCACCUGAUGCCCAAACAGAGGUUGAGACGCAGCCCCUGUCACCCAGCUCACCUGUGCCUGAGGACAGGUGUCAGCCACCUGAUGCCCAAACGGAGGUUGAGACGCAGCCCCUGUCACCCAGCUCACCUGUGCCUGAGGACAGGUGUCAGCCACCUGAUGCCCAAACAGAGGUUGAGACGCAGCCCCUGUCAUCCAGCCCACCUGUGCCUGAGGACAGGUGUCAGCCACCUGAUGCCCAAACAGAGGUUGAGACGCAGCCCCUGUCACCCAGCCCACCUGUGGGCGCCUCUGAACUACCAUCCCCCACCAAGGACUUACAGAAGGUACAGCAUAAUGAAGGGACCCAUCUCUCUAGUCCAUCUGUAGAACAAGGAGAUACAACCAGCCCAAAUGUCCUAACUGCUGGAGAACACACAGACUCACUGACCAGCGAGCUAGGGGCUGAACCACUUGUUUCACCCCAGAAACAGAGUACAGCGGAGAAAGGAACCUCUGAUGCCUCACAGCCACACAGUGAACGGCGCAAGAGGGGGAGGCCACCCAAACACAAGAAACCUCAUGCUGUCCCAGAACAUCAGAUCCAGUCCACUUCAGAUUCAGACCCAUGUUCACAGCGAGAGGACCAAAUGAAUGCUUUCACAGUGACACAGCCCCUGUCACCCAGCUCACCUGUGCCUGAGGACAGGUGUCAGCCACCUGAUGCCCAAACAGAGGUUGAGACGCAGCCCCUGUCACCCAGCUCACCUGUGCCUGAGGACAGGUGUCAGCCACCUGAUGCCCAAACAGAGGUUGAGACGCAGCCCCUGUCACCCAGCUCACCUGUGCCUGAGGACAGGUGUCAGCCACCUGAUGCCCAAACGGAGGUUGAGACGCAGCCCCUGUCACCCAGCUCACCUGUGCCUGAGGACAGGUGUCAGCCACCUGAUGCCCAAACAGAGGUUGAGACGCAGCCCCUGUCACCCAGCCCACCUGUGCCUGAGGACAGGUGUCAGCCACCUGAUGCCCAAACAGAGGUUGAGACGCAGCCCCUGUCACCCAGCCCACCUGUGGGCGCCUCUGAACUACCAUCCCCCACCAAGGACUUACAGAAGGUACAGCAUAAUGAAGGGACCCAUCUCUCUAGUCCAUCUGUAGAACAAGGAGAUACAACCAGCCCAAAUGUCCUAACUGCUGGAGAACACACAGACUCACUGACCAGCGAGCUAGGGGCUGAACCACUUGUUUCACCCCAGAAACAGAGGACAGCGGAGAAAGGAACCUCUGAUGCCUCACAGCCACACAGUGAACGGCGCAAGAGGGGGAGGCCACCCAAACACAAGAAACCUCAUGCUGUCCCAGAACAUCAGAUCCAGUCCACUUCAGAUUCAGACCCAUGUUCACAGCGAGAGGACCAAAUGAAUGCUUUCACAGUGACACAGCCCCUGUCACCCAGCUCACCUGUGCCUGAGGACAGGUGUCAGCCACCUGAUGCCCAAACAGAGGUUGAGACGCAGCCCCUGUCACCCAGCUCACCUGUGCCUGAGGACAGGUGUCAGCCACCUGAUGCCCAAACAGAGGUUGAGACGCAGCCCCUGUCACCCAGCUCACCUGUGCCUGAGGACAGGUGUCAGCCACCUGAUGCCCAAACGGAGGUUGAGACGCAGCCCCUGUCACCCAGCUCACCUGUGCCUGAGGACAGGUGUCAGCCACCUGAUGCCCAAACAGAGGUUGAGACGCAGCCCCUGUCACCCAGCUCACCUGUGCCUGAGGACAGGUGUCAGCCACCUGAUGCCCAAACAGAGGUUGAGACGCAGCCCCUGUCACCCAGCCCACCUGUGGGCGCCUCUGAACUACCAUCCCCCACCAAGGACUUACAGAAGGUACAGCAUAAUGAAGGGACCCAUCUCUCUAGUCCAUCUGUAGAACAAGGAGAUACAACCAGCCCAAAUGUCCUAACUGCUGGAGAACACACAGACUCACUGACCAGCGAGCUAGGGGCUGAACCACUUGUUUCACCCCAGAAACAGAGGACAGCGGAGAAAGGAACCUCUGAUGCGUCAAAGCCACACAGUGAACGGCGCAAGAGGGGGAGGCCACCCAAACACAAGAAACCUCAUGCUGUCCCAGAACAUCAGAUCCAGUCCACUUCAGAUUCAGACCCAUGUUCACAGCGAGAGGACCAAAUGAAUGCUUUCACAGUGACACAGCCCCUGUCAUCCAUCUCACCUGUGCCUGAGGACAGGUGUCAGCCACCUGAUGCCCAAACAGAGGUUGAGACGCAGCCCCUGUCAUCCAUCUCACCUGUGCCUGAGGACAGGUGUCAGCCACCUGAUGCCCAAACAGAGGUUGAGACGCAGCCCCUGUCACCCAGCCCACCUGUGCCUGAGGACAGGUGUCAGCCACCUGAUGCCCAAACAGAGGUUGAGACGCAGCCCCUGUCACCCAGCCCACCUGUGGGCGCCUCUGAACUACCAUCCCCCACCAAGGACUUACAGAAGGUACAGCAUAAUGAAGGGACCCAUCUCUCUAGUCCAUCUGUAGAACAAGGAGAUACAACCAGCCCAAAUGUCCUAACUGCUGGAGAACACACAGACUCACUGACCAGCGAGCUAGGGGCUGAACCACUUGUUUCACCCCAGAAACAGAGUACAGCGGAGAAAGGAACCUCUGAUGCCUCACAGCCACACAGUGAACGGCGCAAGAGGGGGAGGCCACCCAAACACAAGAAACCUCAUGCUGUCCCAGAACAUCAGAUCCAGUCCACUUCAGAUUCAGACCCAUGUUCACAGCGAGAGGACCAAAUGAAUGCUUUCACAGUGACACAGCCCCUGUCACCCAGCCCACCUGUGGGCGCCUCUGAACUACCAUCCCCCACCAAGGACUUACAGAAGGUACAGCAUAAUGAAGGGACCCAUCUCUCUAGUCCAUCUGUAGAACAAGGAGAUACAACCAGCCCAAAUGUCCUAACUGCUGGAGAACACACAGACUCACUGACCAGCGAGCUAGGGGCUGAACCACUUGUUUCACCCCAGAAACAGAGUACAGCGGAGAAAGGAACCUCUGAUGCCUCACAGCCACACAGUGAACGGCGCAAGAGGGGGAGGCCACCCAAACACAAGAAACCUCAUACUGUCCCAGAACAUCAGAUCCAUCAGGCCCAUUCCCCGACAGAUACACACCCAUGUUCACAGCCAGAGGACCAAACAGAGGCUGAGACACAAUCCUUGACACCCAACUCACCUGUGCCUGGCCCUGAGGACAGGUGUCUGUCACCGGUGAGAAAGAGGAAGUAUACAAAAAAAUCGGAGACUCUGAAGGUAGACCAGUCACAGGAGACAGACCAGUCACAGGAGAGUGAGACUUUGAGCAAGAGGAAACAUGCAUCUAAAACGUCACAGACCUCCAAGGUAGCUCAAUCACAGGAAACUGUCCAGUCACAGGAGUCUGUAACAAAAAGGAAAACAGUGCCUAAAAUAUUACCAACCCAUAAGGUAGACCAGCCACAGGAGACUGACCUGUCACAGGAGACUUACCAGUCAAAGGAGUCUGACAAGUCGCAGGAAACUGUGAGAAAGUGGAAACAUACUAGAAAGUCACAGAGCCAUAAGGUAGACCAGUCACAGGAAACUGGGAGAAAUAGGGAAAAGACAUCUGAAAAAUCUCAGAAGCGUAAAGUAGAGUCACAGGUGGAGACUGACCAGUCACAGGUGGAGACUGACCAGUCACAGGUGGAGACUGUAAAAAAUAGAAAAUAUACUAAGAAAUCACAGAGCCGUAAUGUAGUCUCUGACGUCCCCAUCUCACUCUCUGUGCUAUCUGCAGACCUCUCCCCUAGCCUUUCCUCAUCCACACACAUUCCUCCUGGUGUUCCAAAGAGAAAAUAUAUAAAAAAAUCACAGACCCACAGGGUAGACUCUGAGAUCCUCUCUUCACUCCCUGUGCGAUCUGCAGAACUCUCCUCCGGCCUACAGAGUAGCCUCUCUCCUACUCUCAGCCCUCCUGGCGUCUCCUCCUCACCAAGCACACCUAAGCGAGUCGGAGGCAGAACCACGUGGGUCCAGCAGCAGAUCUGUCUUAGCUCCACCCCAGGCCCCAGAUCCUCCAUAGGAACAGACAACCCCUUCUCUGCCUCCCUGUCUCCCCUGGCCCUGGGCUCCAAGCCAGAGAGCCUUCAGAACGCCUCACCCAUCACCCCCUGGAAGCUGUUGGAGCAUCUGGACAUGGUACUGUAUCGUCUUCAUCGACACUGAGUAGAAACAGACAUGAUGUGACGUUAUGCACUGAGAGUUAAUUUCCCUUGACAAUGGAGAGGUGUUUCAGUCCAGGCCUAGGCUCAAUCUCUGUAGAUUGUAGUAAAUGUUUAAAGUAUUCAACAUUCAGUAACCUUCUCUCUUUCAGACUCCAGAGCCAGACGUAGCUUUACCCGGCAGUAAACCUUGGCGUAAACCCAGAGGUCGGCCAAGGAAGAACCCGGCUGUAGUGAAGAGCGUGAAGAACCCGGCUGUAGUGAAGAGAGUGAAGGACCCGGCUGUAGUGAAGAGAGUGAAGGACCCGGCUGUAGUGAAGAGAGUGAAGGACCCGGCUGUAGUGAAGAGAGUGAAGGACCCGGCUGUAGUGAAGAGAGUGAAGGACCCGGCUGUAGUGAAGAGAGUGAAGGACCCGGCUGUAGUGAAGAGAGUGAAGGACCCGGCUGUAGUGAAGAGAGUGAAGAACCCGGCUGUAGUGAAGAGAGUGAAGAACUCGGCUGUAGUGAAGAGAGUGAAGGACCCGGCUGUAGUGAAGAGAGUGAAGGACCCGGCUGUAGUGAAGAGAGUGAAGGACCCGGCUGUAGUGAAGAGAGUGAAGAACCCGGCUGUAGUGAAGAGAGUGAAGGACCCGGCUGUAGUGAAGAGAGUCAAGACUCAGUGUGGUAAGAAGAAGAAUGUGAAAACUGCAGCAGAGGGAGGGUCUCAGACCUGCAGCUCAGAGGAGGGGCCUCCAGCCAAGCGCAGACGUAGAAGCAGGAAGAGCCUUACAGCAGAGGGAGUGGAGGGAGUCGGGCUGCAGAGUGACAACAGCACCAGCUCUCAGCCAAUCCAAUGCUCCAGACCACGGUUUGAGCUGCUGGAGUUGGACUCACCGGACGAAGACACAGGAGAUUCCUCCCUGUCCUCAGACCUGUCCAUCGAACUGAGCCUACAGGAAGACCACCUGACAUCACUUCCUCUUGAAGAGGAGGAGGAAGAGCAGGAGGAUGAGGAAGAUCUGCCCAGUUUCUUAAAUAACACAAGUGAGUUAGUGUGAUUGUGUUGAUGGUUGAUAAACUCCUUCUCUGACAUGAUUCCUGCCUACACGUGCGAAAAUCGUACAUUGUUGUUACAGUGAGGGAAAAAAGUAUUUGAUCCCCUGCUGAUUUUGUAUGUUUGCCCACUGACAAGGAAAUGAUCAGUCUACAAUUUUAAUGGUAGGUUUAUUUGAACAGUGAGAGACAGAAUAACAACAAAAAAAUCCAGAAAAACCCAUGUCAAAAAUGUUAUAAAUUGAUUUGCAUUUUAAUGAGGUAAAUAAGUAUUUGACCCCUCUGCAAAACAUGACUUAGUACUUGGUGGCAAAACCCUUGUUGGCAAUCACAGAGGUCAGACGUUUCUUGUAGUUGGCCACCAGGUUUGCACACAUCUCAGGAGGGAUUUUGUCCCACUCCUCUUUGCAGAUCUUCUCCAAGUCAUUAAGGUUUCGAGGCUGACGUUUGGAACUCGAACCUUCAGCUCCCUCCACAGAUUUUCUAUGGGAUUAAGGUCUGGAGACUGGCUAGGCCACUCCAGGACCUUAAUGUGCUUCUUCUUGAGCCACUCCUUUGUUUCCUUGGCCGUGUGUUUUGGGUCAUUGUCAUGCUGGAAUACCCAUCCACGACCCAUUUUCAAUGCCCUGGCUGAGGGAAGGAGGUUCUCACCCAAGAUUUGAUGGGGUACAUGGCCCCGUCCAUCGUCCCUUUGAUGCGGUGAAGUUGUCCUGUCCCCUUAGCAGAAAAACACCCCCAAAGCAUAAUGUUUCCACCUCCAUGUUUGACGGUGGGGAUGGUGUUCUUGGGUUCAUAGGCAGCAUUCCUCCUCCUCCAAACACGGCGAGUUGAGUUGAUGUCAAAGAGCUCGAUUUUGGUCUCAUCUGACCACAACACUUUCACCCAGUUCUCCUCUGAAUCAUUCAGAUGUUCAUUGGCAAACUUCAGACGGGCCUGUAUAUGUGCUUUCUUGAGCAGGGGGACCUUGCGGGCGCUGCAGGAUUUCAGUCCUUCACGGCGUAGUGUGUUACCAAUUGUUUUCUUGGUGACUAUAGUCUCAGCUGCCUUGAGAUCAUUGACAAGAUCCUCCCGUGUAGUUCUGGGCUGAUUCCUCACCGUUCUCAUGAUCAUUGCAACUCCACGAGGUGAGAUCUUGCAUGGAGCCCCAGGCCGAGGGAGAUUGACAGUUCUUUUGUGUUUCUUCCAUUUGCGAAUAAUCGCACCAACUGUUGUCACCUUCUCACCAAGCUGCUUGGCGAUGGUAUUGUAGCCCAUUCCAGCCUUGUGUAGGUCUACAAUCUUGUCCCUGACAUCCUUGGAGAGCUCUUUGGUCUUGGCCAUGGUGGAGAGUUUGGAAUCUGAUUGAUUGCUUCUGUGGACAGGUGUCUUUUAUAGAGGUAACAAACUGAGAUUAGGAGCACUCCCUUUAAGAGUGUGCUCCUAAUCUCAGCUCGUUACCUGUAUAAAAGACACCUGGGAGCCAGACAUCUUUCUGAUUGAGUGGGGGUCAAAUAGUUAUUUCCCUCAUUAAAAUGCAAAUCAAUUUAUAACAUUUCUGACAUGCGUUUUUCUGGAUGUUUUUGUUGUUAUUCUGUCUCUCACUGUUCAAAUAAACCUACCAUUAAAAUUAUAGACUGAUCAUUUCUUUGUCAGUGGGCAAACGUACAAAAUCAGCAGGGGAUCAAAUACUUUUUUCCCUCACUGUAAUUACACUGAACAAAAAUAUAAACGCAACAUGCAAGAAUUUCAAAGAUUUUACAGUUCAUAUAAGGAAAUCAGUCAAUUGAAAGAAAUUAAUUAGGCCCUAAUCUAUGGAUUUCACAUGACUGAGUAUACAGUUGCAUCUGUUGGUCACAGAAAACCUUUUUUUUUAAAAGUAGGGGCGUGGAUUAGAAAACCAGUCAGUAUCGGGUGUGACCACCAUUUGCCUCAUGCAGCGCGACACAUCUCCUUCACAUAGAGUUGAUCAGGCUGUUGAUUGCGGCAUGUGGAAUGUUGUCCCACUCCUCUUCAAUGGCUGUGCGAAGUUGCUGGCUAUUGGCGGGAACUGGAACACGCUGUCGUACACGUCGAUCCAGAGCAUCCCAAACAUGCUCAAUGGGUGACAGUCUGGUGAGUAUGCAGGCCAUGGAAGAACUGGGACAUUUUCAGCUCGCAGGAAUUGUGUACAGAUCCUUGCGAUAUGGGGUUGUGCAUUAUCAUGCUGAAACAUGAGGUGAUGGCAGCGGAUGAAUGGCACGACAAUGGGCAUCAGGAUCUCGUCACGGUAUCUCUGUGCAUUCAAAUUGCCAUCGAUAAAAUGCUAUUGUGUUUGUUGUCCGUAGCUUAUGCCUGCCCAUACCAUAACCCGACUGCCACCAUGGGGCACUCUGUUCACAUUGUUGAUAUCAGCAAACCGCUCGCCAACACAACGCCAUCUGCCCGGUACAGUUGAAACCGGAAUUCAUCCGUGAAGAGCACACUUCUCCAGCGUGCCAGUUUCCAUCGAAGGUGAGCAUUUGCCCACUGAAGUCGUUUACGACACCGAACUGCAGUCAGGUCAAGACCCUGGUGAGGACGACGAGCACGCAGAUGAGCUUCUCUGAAAUGGUUUCUGACAGUUUGUGCAGAAAUGUGUCUGUUGCACAAACCCACAGUUUCAUCAGCUGUCCAGGUGACUGGUCUCAGAUGAUCCCGCAGGUGAAGUAGCCGGAUGUGGAGGACCUGGGCUGGCGUGGUUACACGUGGUCUGUGGUUGUGAGGCCGAUUGGAAGCACUGCCAAAUUCUCUAACAACUGCUCUGGUGGACAUUCCUGCAGUCAGCAUGCCAAUUGCAUUCUCCCUCAACUUGAGACAUCUGUGGCAUUGUAUUGUGACAAAAUUGCACAUUUUAGUGGCCUUUUAUUGUCCCAGCACAAGGUGCACCUGUGUAAUGAUCACGCUGUUUAAUCAGCUUCUUGAUAUGCCACACCUGUCAGGUGGAUGGAUUAUCUUGGCAAAUAAGAAAUGCUCAUUAACAGGGAUGUAAACAAAUGUGUGCCCAUAAUUUGAGAGAAAUAAGCUUUUUGUGCAAAUGGGAAAUAUCUGGGAUCUUUUAUUUCAGCUCAUGAAACAUGGGACCAACACUUUACAUGUUGCGUUUAAUAUAUUUUUGUUCAGUAUAAUUAACGGAAAAAUAAAUCAUUAUUUGUCUCUUUCAGAGCCGCUGUCCAUAACAGAGGGAAUAUGUGUUUGGUGCAAAUUUAGAAAUUAUCCUUUCUGGCCGGCAAUGGUGAGUGAGUGUGCAUCUGUCCUCCAACAACAUGAAACGAUGAGAUGUGGUGGGGACAUUUUGCCCGUCAACAACUCCUCUUCUCCACAGGUGAAAAGCGUGAACCGGAAGAUGAAGAAAGCCAGCAUCGUGUUUAUUGACGACCUGCUGUUUGACAAGAAGAGGAUACGAAAAGGGUAGGAACCAAAAACUCUGUUCAACCCUUUCCACUGUCAUUCACUUAGUAAUGAACCUUUGCUCCCAAUAUUAACCAUCAUGUUUUUUCGGUUUCUUUUCCAGCUUCUCUGUGGCCCUAAAAACAUUGAAGCCUUUUGACUGUGAAGAGGCUGAUCAGCUUGUGGUAAGGUUGUCUGAAACAGACAAACUCCUUAUGAAUACUGUCUCCAUACAACUAAUAUAUAUAGUAUAGAUACAGCUGUUUUUGUAUAUGUAGUCCUGGUCACUGGUGUGUUGAUGUUGUUUGCUGAUGUCUGUAGUGUAAAGCCAGAGAGAGUUAUGAUGCUGCCAUCAAAUGGUGCCUGGAGCUGAUCGCCGACUAUAGAAUCCGUAUCGGUAAACUAUUCUCCACUUCUCUUAGAAUGAGCACUAUACGCCUGUUUUCCGGACCCAGAUUGAGUUCAUUAUAUGUGUGUUGUAUUGCCAGGUUUUGGCCUUGAUGUUUGCAUUGUCUUUGCAGGAUGCGGCUUCACCGGUUCCUUCAUUGAAUACUUUUCUGAUGACAUAAGUGAGUUCAUGUCUAUUCACUGCUAUUAGAUGUUGAAUUGACCAGGUACUUUGCUAUCCGAUGUUUUAACUUCAUCCCAAUGCUGCCUGUUCUUAAUUUAAGAUGGGCGUUAUAGUACAACAGAAUGUUUUCUCUAACUAACUGACCUGACUAAAUAAAGGUCAGAGGGAUGGAUGAAUGGAUAACCUCCCUGAUCCCCCCCCCAGGCUGUCCGGUGAGGAAGCGUUACCCUCAGGGUACCUCUGACCUGACCUUCCCCAGUAAGCUGAUCUUGGAGUCGCAGUUUUUGACCUCCAACCUGGGGGAGGAAGAGGAGGAGGGCAGCGACCGGCAGGAGGAGGAGAGGAGGAGGAGGAGGAAGCUGCUGCCUGACCGCUCCAAGGCAGCACGUAACCGGGCCAACGAGAAACUGGUGGACUUCAUCGUUAAGCAACGCCGAGUGGAGACACGCCUUCUAGUGAGUAGUCAUGGCGAUGCCUCUCCCAGGCACUCAUUAUGUUCUCUCGCUCCAUCUGUCCAAACCCUCUCCUUCGUCUGUCAGUAUCAGAUGUUCUCCCUUCAUUACCCUCUCUCUCUCCCUCAUCCCUCUCUCUCUCCCCAGGGUGUGAUCAGCUCUCUCUCUAUGAUAACCUCUCUCUCUCACCCCAGGGUGUGAUCAGCUCUCUCUCUAUGAUAACCUCUCUCUCUCUCACCCCAGGGUGUGAUCAGCUCUCUCUCUAUGAUAACCUCUCUCUCUCUCACCCCAGGGUGUGAUCAGCUCUCUCUCUAUGAUAACCUCUCUCUCUCUCUCCCCAGGGUGUGAUCAGCUCUCUCUCUAUGAUAACCUCUCUCUCUCUCACCCCAGGGUGUGAUCAGCUCUCUCUCUAUGAUAACCUCUCUCUCUCUCACCCCAGAGUGUGAUCAGCUCUCUAUAUAUGAUAACCUCUCUCUCUCUCACCCCAGGGUGUGAUCAGCUCUCUAUAUAUGAUAACCUCUCUCUCUCACCCCAGGGUGUGAUCAGCUCUCCCUCUAUGAUAACCUCUCUCUCUCUCACCCCAGGGUGUGAUCAGCUCUCUCUCUAUGAUAACCUCUCCCUCUCUCACCCCAGGGUGUGAUCAGCUCUCUCUCUAUGAUAACCUCUCUCUCUCUCACCCCAGGGUGUGAUCAGCUCUCUCUCUAUGAUAACCUCUCUCUCUCUCACCCCAGGGUGUGAUCAGCUCUCUCUCUAUGAUAACCUCUCCCUCUCUCACCCCAGGGUGUGAUCAGCUCUCUCUCUAUGAUAACCUCUCUCUCUCUCACCCCAGGGUGUGAUCAGCUCUCUCUCUAUGAUAACCUCUCUCUCUCUCUCACCCCAGGGUGUGAUCAGCUCUCUCUCUAUGAUAACCUCUCUCUCUCUCUCACCCCAGGGUGUGAUCAGCUCUCUCUCUAUGAUAACCUCUCUCUCUAUGAUAACCUCUCUCUCUCUCUCACCCCAGGGUGUGAUCAGCUCUCUAUAUACAGUGGUGUGAAAAAGUGUUUGCCCCCUUCCUGAUUUGUUAUUUGUUUGCAUGUUUGUCACACUUAAAUGUUUCAGAUCAUCAAACAAAUUUAAAUAUUAGUCAAAGAUAACACAAGUAAACACAAAAUGCAGUUUUGAAAUGAAGGUUGUUAUUAUUAAAGGAAAACAAUCCAAACCUACAUGGCCCUGUGUGAAAAAGUGUUUGCCCCCCCCCCCUGUUAUAACACAACUCAACUGUGGUUUAUCACACCUGAGUUCAAUUCCUCUAGCCACACCCAGGCCUGAUUACUGCCACACCUGUUCUCAAUCAAGGAAUCACUUAAAUAGGACCUGCCUGACAAAGUGAAGUAGACCAAAAGAUCCUCAAAAGCUAGACAUCAUGCCGAGAUCCAAAGAAAUUCAGGAACAAAUGAGAAAGAAAGUAAUUGAGAUCCAUCAGUCUGGAAAAGGUUAUAAAGCCAUUUCUAAAGCUUUGGGACAUCAGCGAACCACAGUGAGAGCCAUUAUCCACAAAUGGCGAAAACAUGGAACAGUGGUGAACCUUCCCAGGAGUGGCCGACCAAAAUUACCCCAAGAGCGCAGCGACGACUCAUCCAAGAGGUCACAAAAGACCCCACAACAACAUCCAAAGAGCUGCAGGCCUCACUUGCCUCAGUUAAGGUCAGUGUUCAUGACUCCACCAUAAGAAAGAGACUGGGCAAAAAUGGCCUGCAUGGCAGAGUUCCAAGACGAAAACCACUGCUGAGCAAAAAUAACAUUAACGCUCGUCUCAUUUUUGCCAGAAAACAUCUUGAUGAUCCCCAAGACCAUUGGGAAAAUACUCUGUGGACUGACGAGACAAAAGUUGAACUUUUUGGAAGGUGUGUGUGUCCCAUUACAUCUGGCGUAAAAGUAACACCGCAUUUCAGAAAAAGAACAUCAUACCAACAGUAAAAUAUGGUGGUGGUAGUGUGAUGGUCUGGGACUGUUUUGCUGCUUCAGGACCUGGAAGACUUGCUGUGAUAAAUGGAACCAUGAAUUCUGCUGUCUACCUGAAGGAGAAUGUCCGGCCAUCAGUUCGUGACCUCAAGCUGAAGCGAACUUGGGUUCUGCAGCAGGACAAUGAUCCAAAACACACCAGCAAGUCCACCUCUGAAUGGCUGAAGAAUAACAAAAUGAAGACUUUGGAGUGGCCUAGUCAAAGUCCUGACCUGAAUCCUAUUUAGAUGCUGUGGCAUGACCUUUAAAAAGGCAGUUCAUGCUCGAAGACCCUUCAAUGUGGCUGAAUUACAACAAUUCUGCAAAGAUGAGUGGGCCAAAAUUCAUCCACAGCGCUUUGAAAGACUCAUUGCAAGUUAUUGCAAAUGCUUGAUUGCAGUUGUUGCUGCUAAGGGUGGCCCAACCAGUUAUUAGGUUGUAGGGGGCAAUCACUUUUUCACACAAGGCCAUGUGGGUUUGGAUUUUGUUUUCCCUUAAUAAUAACAACCUUCAUUUCAAAAUUGCAUUUUGUGUUAUCUUUGACUAAUAUUUAAAUAUUUUUGAUCUGAAACAUUGAAGUGUGACAAACAUGCAAACAAAUAAGAAAUCAGGAAGGGGGCAAACACUUUUUCACACCACUGUAUGAUAACCUCUCUCUCACCCCAGGGUGUGAUCAGCUCUCUAUAUACAGUUGAAGUCGGAAGUUUACAUACAUCUUAGCCAAAUACAUUUAAACUCAGUUUUUCACAAUUCCUGACAUUUAAUCCUAGUAAAUGUUCCCUGUCUUAGGUCAGUUAGGAUCACCACUUUAUUUUAAGAAUGUGAAAUGUCAGAAUAAUAGUAGAGAGAAUGGUUUAUUUAAGCUUUUAUUUCUUUCAUCACAUUCCCAGUGGGUCAGAAGUUUACAUACACUCAAUUAGUAUUUGGUAGCAUUGCCUUUAAAUUGUUUAUCUUGGGUCAACCGUUUCGGGUAGCCUUCCACAAGCUUCCCACAAUAAGUUGGGUGAAUUUUGGCCCAUUCCUCCUGACAGAGCUGGUGUGACUGAGUCAGGUUUGUAGGCCUCCUUGCUCGCACACGCUUUUUCUAUAGGAUUGAGGUCAGGGCUUUGUGAUGGCCACUCCAAUACCUUGACUUUGUUGUCUUUAAGCCAUUUUGCCACAACUUUGGAAGUAUGCUUGGGGUCAAUGUCCAUUUGGAAGACCCAUUUGCGACAAAGCUUUAACUUCCUGACGGAUGUCUUGAGAUGUUGCUUCAUACUCAUGAUGCCAUCUAUUUUGUGAAGUGCACCAGUCCCUCCUGCAGCAAAGCACCCCCACAGCAUGAGGCUGCCACCCCCGUGCUUCACGGUUGGGAUGGUGUUCUUCGGCUUGCAAGUACCCCCUUUUUCCUCCAAACAUAAUGAUGGUCAUUAUGGCCAAACAGUUCUAUUUUUGUUUAAUCAGACCAGAGGACAUUUCUCCAAAACGUACGAUCUUUGUCCCCAUGUGCAGUUGCAAACCGUAGUCUGGCUUUUUUAUAGCUGUUUUGGAGCAGUGGCUUCUUCCUUGCUGAGCGGCCUUUCAGGUUAUGUCGACAUAGGACUCAUUUUACUGUGGAUAUAGAUACUUUUGUACCCGUUUCCUCCAGCAUCUUCACAAGGUCCUUUGCUGUUGUUCUGGGAUUGAUUUGCACUUUUCACACCAAAGUACGUUAAUCUCUAGGAGACAGAACGCGUCUCCUUCCUGAGCGGUAUGACGGCUGCGUGGUCCCAUGGUGUUUAUACUUGCGUACUAUUGUUUAUACAGAUGAACGUGGUACCUUCAGGCGUUUGGAAAUUGCUCCCAAGGAUGAACCAGACCUGUGGAGGUCUACACAUUUUUUUCUGAGGUCUUUGCUUGACAUCAUGGGAAAAUCAAAAGAAAUCAGCAAAGAGGCACUGAGUUUGAAGGUAGGCCUUGAAAUACAUCCACAGGUACACCUCCAAUUGACUCAAACGUAUCAAGCCUAUCAGAAGCUUCUAAAGCCAUGACAUUUUCUGGAAUUUUCCAAGCUGUUUAAAGGCACAGUCAACUUAGUGUAUGUAAACUUCUGACCCACUGGAAUUGUGCUACAGUGAAUAAAGUGAAAUAAUCUGUCUGUAAACAAUUGUUGGAAAAAUUACUUGUCAUGCACAAAGUAGAUGUCCUAACCGACUUGCCAAAACUAUAGUUUGUUAACAAGAAAUUUGUGGAGUGGUUGAAAAACGAGUUUCAAUGACUCCAACCUAAGUGUAUGUAAACUUCCGACUUCAACUGUAUGAUAACCUCUCUCUCUCUCUCACCCCAGGGUGUGAUCAGCUCUCUAUAUAUGAUAACCUCUCUCUCUCACCCUCACCCCAGGGUGUGAUCAGCGGUCAGCAACAGUCUAAGUGGUUGCGAUGGUUCCUGGCAGCCAGCCGGUCAGUAGUGGACACCUACCUGGAGGACGAGGAGCAGCUGGACCAGGUCUACCAGUACCUGAGAGGGGUGUAUGAGACUGCCCCCCUCACCGCCCCCUGCCUGGCUGAUGUAGACCGCAUACGCCUCGUACUGGAUGUCCUCUUACCUGAGGUCAGAAUGCAGUAGGAUGCUACUUUAUGCAGUAGGAUGCUACUUUAUGCAGUAGGAUUCUACUUUAUGCAGUAGGAUACUACAUUGAAACACAAAUUGAUUUUUUCUGUGUGUGUUUUAUAUUCCCUUUCUUUACUGUUGAAGUGACGUUAAAUUACUUUAAAUUAAAUUAUUCUAAAGUCUUCUUCUCCUGCAGGCUAUUAUCUAUGCCAUAGCUGGAGUGGACAAGUUGUCACUGGUGAAGGCAGAGGACAAAUACUUAAAAGGGCCCUGUCUGAGUAAAAGGUAAGAGAGGAGGAGUGUGUUAGCCCACUGAGCUAAAGCCUAGGCAUUAGUUUGGGGAGCUAACCCAAGUCAGGGCACCAAUUCCGACAUCUGAAUCUGUUUUCCUCUCCUUCCUUCUCUCCUCAGGGAAAGAGAGGAGUUUGAUUGGAUGAUCGAGCAACAGAUGAAGAUGAAAGCAUUGAUCGGUCAGCGUCCUGCACACUGAACACCACACUGUCUACUUGGCUUCCAACCGUCAGACUUCAGCUGAGAUUCAAUCCGAGGGCGCGUUUUAUAGUGCUUGACAUUUGAAGGUAAUUUCUGAUUGAGACGCAGCGUUUACCACAAAUGCGAUCUCCACAAAUGCGGCAACGUUGCAUUUAAAAGGCAGAGUGCCAAAGUUUCCAAAUCACAACAAAACUGUUGAGCAUUCUGGGACAAAAAGAGCCAUAUAGAACUGUUUCUUUGAGGACAUUCAACUGCUGUGGUGUGACUGUGAACAUUGAAUUACCAAGUUAUUCAAAUAAUUCUCAAAUCAACCGGAAUCAUACGUGAUCGACUGGUCAAGAUUAACAGCGUCAACGUGAAACUCCUGGGAGGACGUACACUGCUGUUUCAAACUGGGACUUCAUUUAGACCACCGACCACAGUAUUUUUUCCAACAUGGUUACCCGUUAAGGCUGGAUGACUGUAAAUUCAGAACUCUUAAUAGAAAAUACUGCUCUAUUUUUAUAUAGAAAAGGGAAUGUCUGUUUUUUUUAAAUAGCCAUAUUUGAAUUCCUCUUCCUGUUUGAAUUCCUGCCUUAUUCUACGGUCAUGUAGGGCUAGCUUGUCAAUACCUUCAUUUAUACCUAUUUCCUGGUGACAGGAAUGUAACAUUCUGAACGUGAAUCAUGUCAGCUCAAUAAAGCUUCCUCAGUCAUCUAGUUUGCUUCUUACUGGUAUACCUGAGUCCCAAAUGGCACCCUAUUCCCUUCAUAGUGCACUACUUUUGACCAGAGCCCAUAGGGCUAAAGUAGUGCACUAUAUAGGGAAUAGGGUGCCAUUUGGGACGUAACCCAUGACUUGCAAUGACAGUACAGGAAUGAGACUAUUCCCCCAUGACAGGUCAAUAAUGAAUACAUGCAAGUCUGGUAAAGGAUUUUAUUUGUAUUAUAUUUAUAACGACAAAUAAUAUGUUGCUUGUCUAAUGUCUCAUCAACCUUGGAAUUCACAAGGCACUUCCUGGUUGCUCUGCGGUUGCUAUGCUACAAGGGUUCUUGGUGGAUUUCCUCAUGCAACUUCAGUCAAUCUGUGUCGUUGUAAAAUCCCAACUCGUCUCAGGCUUGGAAAACAGCCUUCAGAGAGUACCAACAUUUUGGCAAAACAUUGAAAUAUAGUUAUUUAAACCUUUAAGUUGAAACAGCAUGUACAGUGCUUACAAUGUAACACACAGAAAAGGCCACCUUUAACCUUAUUGCUACGAUCACUACGGUGAUACACUGAUGAAAAACAGUUUACUCGCUGCUUCUCACUGAGUUGAAGGGUGUGUCUCAUUUCCUCCUGUAUUCCCAUGUCUUCAUAGUCCGAUAAGGGUGUUCCUCUCGGUCGCAUUCCAAAUGGCACCCUGCUUUUGCACUACUUUUGACCAGAUGGGCCCUGGUCAACAGUAGUGUACUAUAUAGGGAAUAGGGUUCCAUUUGAGACGCUCAUUUCCUGUGCUCAUGGUUCCUUCAGAGCGUUGAUGUGGGGACAGAGUUUGAGGGCAGGGCCUAGUUUGAUGUUCAUAGCUGUCAUCAAGUGGUUCUCUUGUCAGCAAUAGGAGGGCCUGGCCAUCAAUCUCCUGUGAACGGAACUCGUUGGAUAUGUCCCGCCCACCUAGAGGAGGUGGAGUGGAGAGAGAGGGGGGGAGAGUUGUGACAUUUAGGGCCAGGAGAUGUGACCUGAGUGGGGAAAAACUCCUGGCCCCAGGGAUAUUGUAUAAGAUAUGUGCAUCCAUUACAGUAUUGGUUCAAGCAGUGAAGCCAUAGUGAAGCCAUAAAGAUACCUGGUAAAGAGUUGAUGUAGGAGAAGACUUGUUCCACACUCCACUGUGUUGGAUAUUCACUACAGUCUUUUCCUGCGAUCUAUCCAUAAGAGGGACUGAACGUCGCUCCCCUCCCUGCUCCCUCCCCCUCUCUUCCCCCUCUCCCCUCAACCUUCUCUGGGUUUCAUCAGAGCCGUGGGGCCACUUCAUCUGCAGUGGAAGAAACAACAUGAUCACGAUCAGACAUUUACCCAUGUAAUGCUUUAAAUGAGGGACAACAGUUUGGGGUUUCAUAGGUAGAUCAGAUAAUUGCACAUUUGUUGAAGUCUGUCUGUCUAACUGACCUAGCCUGGUUCCAGAUUUAUUUGUGCUGUUUUGCCAUGAUUGCCGUUAUCAAUGAUCAUAGGAGUUGGCUAAACGUACAGACAGUUCUGGGACCAGGCAAUGACCUCUGACCUGUCUGAGGAGGAAGUGUUCUCUGGAGCCCCCGUUGACCCCCCGUCGGGGGUCCUCCUCUCUGGCCCAGCAGCCUGUAGCCCCAACGACUGGCCUUGUCCAUCUUCAACAUGCUCAGACGCUUCGUACAUCUCACAUUGAACCUGACAGAGUGGAGGGAGAGAGGGAGACAGACGGGGAGAGACGGGGAGAGUUGAGGUCUGUGUGUAUGGUUUCUGGAGUUUAGCCAUCCAAGGGAGAUAUUCCACUGAACACCAAAACAUUCCAAGAAUUCUAGUCUGGGUCUCUUGAAUUCCCCUUGAUCCUGGAUGGGAACAAUUACAUAUGGCUAUUGGCCACAAGUCCACAUAUGGACUACAGGGGCUUCAUCUGGGUCAGGGAAUAGUGUUGCAAAAUUUGGGUGACUUUCCCGGUAUCUUUUCAUUUUUUCAGAAAACACGAUUGGACGAUUCCUGGAACCAGGAACUCCAGGAGUGUUCCAACUGGGAUUUCUGGAAAAACUGCGAAUUUUGUCACCCUAUGAGGAAAACUGGACUGACCUCCUGACACAGGUCAUGUCCCCUGUAGCUCAGUUGGUAGAGCAUGGCGCAUGCAACGCCAAGGCUGUGGGUUCGUUUCCCACGGGGGGGCCAGUAUGAAAAUGUAUGCACUCACUAACUGUAAGUCGCUCUGGAUAAGAGCGUCUGCUAAAUGAUUAAAAUGUAAAAAAUGUCAUGGAGCUGAAUCGUUUGGAUCGGAGGAAGGUGUGAACAUAGCCUCUCUUCCCACAGAACUACCAAGUCUACCAGGCUCUCAGCAGCAGUACAGCAUGAGAGGACGCACUGUUAGAAGGUAGGACGGACGGACGGACAGACGGACACACUCGCAUGCUCGCAGGUAUUCACACACACACACACACACACACACCGUCCAGGAUGAGGAUAUCAUCCAUGUCUGAGUCACUGGAGUUGUCUGAGUGGCGCAGUGGUCUAAGGCACUGCAUCGCAGUGCUAACUGUGCCACUAGAGAUCCUGGUUCGAAUCCAGGCUCUGUCGCAGCCGGCCGCGACCGGGAGACUCAUGGGCGGCGCACAAUUGGUCCAGCGUUGUCCAGGGUAGGGGAGGGAAUGGCCGGCAGGGAUGUAGCUCAGUUGGUAGAGCAUGGCGUUUGCAACGCCAGGGUUGUGGGUUCGAUUCCCAUGGGGGGCCAGUAUAAAAAAAAUAAUAAAAAAAAGUAUUAUUUAUAAAAAUACAAAAACAACAAAAAAUAAAAAAGGUAUUCACUUACUGUAAGUCGCUCUGGAUAAGAGCGUCUGCUAAAUGACUAAAAUGUAAUGUAAAAUGUCUGGCUGCUCAGCAUCCACCAGGCUCUCCUCUGGCUCUCCAUCCCUAUUGGUUCUCAUCUCAGGUGCUAGAUCCCCAUUGGGUCUCACCUCCCGGGCUUCUGCUGGUCUGCCCCCAAAGAGGAACGGCCCACCUGAGGCAGGAAGGAACGCACCACUCAGUCUAUGACUGGUUCACAUAACAACAUACUGCUAUGAAGGGCUGAACAACAUAACAACAUACUGCUAUGAAGGGCUGAACAACAUAACAACAUACUGCUAUGAAGGGCUGAACAACGUGUUAACCAACAACCAGUAAGAGAGGAGACUGCUUGGUCAAGAGGACGUUUGAUAUAUGGGGGGUUGUGGUUGUGGCUUCAAGAUGCUGUGCUCUACUACUGUCUUAAGAUCGACUAGGGUUGAACGCACAAUCCACCAUUCAGUGAAGAAGGGUGAGGGAGGAUGGUAUGUGACUAGGCCUUUGGCGACCAGGACAAGGCCUGAAGUCUAGUGUGCAUUACACUGUGAAGUGGUGACUACUAGGCUACUAUCCAUGCCUUUGGCGACCAGUAGUAGUGUGCACCUGUAGUGUACACUGUGGAGCUUGGUUACAACACCCACCAGUGAACGUACCGGGAAUGGUACCGGGAGGAACGGCUGCAGGGCCUCUCUGACGACAAACCCCUCAAUUACGGUGAGUUAGGAUGAGAGGUCUAGCGCUCUCAGGGCUCCCUGGUAGGGGGGCUGAGGGGGGCUGGCUGGGGCCUGGGCUUCUUACCGUGGUGGCAGGCAGUAACGGAGGGGGGGAAGCAACUGGCGUAAGAGGAGGUGUCCUGGGAUGA